AUGCGCCAACCGGAAGUAUUGGGGAAAAAGCGCACGUGUCCCGAUGUGGAUGAGGGGAUGAGAGCACCAGCUGCUGAUGAUCCCUGCCGAUUUCCUGAAUCUGGACCCGGACCAGAACCUUCAGCCGAGCCAGGAGAUCAGGAUUGGAUUCUCUUUGCACAGCAGGGCUAUUGGGGUGGCGGCCCGAGCCAUUUCCUGGUGGCGGAGGUGGAGGCGGAGGUGGAGAGCUCUACUUCGGGUAUUAUCUACUAUCUACUAUCUACUAUCUACCUCGUUGCAGAACUAAAAUACCGAGCAAAGGACGGAAGACAAACCCGUUUCCAAUCGUCUAAUAUGCCGCAUAUCAUCCUUCUGGGAACGCUCGAUACCAAGCGCACAGAGGUUCUCUUUCUCUAUCGACAGUUGCAGCACAAUGCCGCGCGCUCUUCAACACCUCUGGAAAUCACCCUGAUUGACUGUGGCCGACAGGACACUACGGAUGAGGCCAUCACCUUCGGCCAUGCCGAUCUGCUAUCAAAAUAUGCAGCUAGCCACAGCCCCGCGAUGGCUGGCGGAUGCAUGAGUUGCGAUACUAGCCGCCUGGAGGCAACACUAAAGCGUGGAAUCCCCAACAUCAUCUCCAUCGGGGCCACGGACACAGUGAACUUUGGACAGAUGGAGUCCGUCCCACGGCAAUAUCACGACCGCAAGUUGCAUGCUCAUAACCCAAAUGUGACCUGUAUGCGGACCUCUGCAGCUGAAUGCCGCAGUGUGGGACGUUUCAUCCUUGACAGAAUUGGCCGGUUUGCUCAGACCCCAGAAAUGGUUGAGGUGUGGCUUCCUCGAGGAGGAACAAGUAGCAUUGGGACAGCCGGGGUUGUGUUUGCAGAUGCUGAAGCUGAUGCCGCCCUCGCCGACACUCUACAAUCCGGGCUGGAAAGCAUGAAGGUUAGGGUGUUUUCUGAUGGGCGAGAUCUUAAUGACAAGGGAUUCGCAAUUGCUAUUGCGGACCGUCUUAUGGCCCUCGUGGCGCAGCACUCGGCUGACAUCGCAUUGCGGUAG